AAUACGGCGAAGGUCAAGAAGUUGUAAAGAGAUUAUUAAAAACACUAAAAAAUUAAGAAUGAAAAUAAAUUCGGGUGUCAAUAAAAACAUUGGAAAUGCUUUUUACCAAUAUUUUGCAAGUUUUACAGCAACACUGUCUUUGGUAAUAAGCGGUAUGCACUACGGUUGGCCUUCACCUUCAUUGCCAAUACUGCUAGACGAAUUCUCGAUUAUACCAAUAACAGAAGAUACAGGCUACUGGUUAGCUAAUAUGCCUAUGUUUGGAGCCUUGGUAGGCUGCCUCUCAGCUUCAGUGUUGGUGGAUCAUUUGGGAAGGCGCAAAACUAUUAUAGCAUGCGCAUUUCCAUAUAUAGCGUCUUGGAUGAUGAUUUAUUUUGCUACAAAUGUGGAAUUGAUUUUAACUGCAAGGUUCAUUGCUGGAAUCUCAGAUGGUUUAGCAUUUUCUGCAGUACCUAUUUAUAUUGGUGAAAUUACUGAACCUCGCAUAAGAGGUUUUCUUGGAUCUGCAGUUUCCGUAGCUUGGAUUUUAGGAAUGCUGUUGAUAGAUAUCAUCGGAUCGUAUUGUAGUUUAAAAGAAGCAGCCUUAAUAUCAUGUAUUUUUCCCGUUGUAUUAAUCAUAACGACCUUAUUGGUACCAGAAUCGCCAUAUUUUUUGUUAAUGAAAGGAAAAACUAAAGAAGCAACAAAGAAUCUACGAACGUUAAGAGGUUGCUAUGCCAUUGAAGCUGAAUUGGAUACUAUCCAAUCAGCAAUCAAAGAAGACAUGGCAAGGAAAACAAACCCAACAGCCAUGUUUCUAGUCAGCAGUAAUAGAAAAGCACUUUUCGUCGUGUUAAUACUCAGAGGAGCUCAAGAAUUCAGCGGAGAUUCAGCAAUCACGUUCUACACCCAAAAUAUAAUUAGCGAGGCUGGAAGUAGCUUAACAGCUGACGUGGCUUCGAUAAUAUUCUUUACUCUUGAACUGAUAGUUACAGCUGUAGCUUCUAUAAUGGUGGAUAGAAUCGGUAGAAGGCCGUUGCUAAUAUUUUCAGUGUCUGGUGCCUGCGUAUCUCUUCUUACUCAAGGAAUCUAUUAUUAUAUCAAAAUCUGUACUAACAUAGAUGUAACCGAAUUUAGUCUGAUACCACUUAUAGCUCUCUUCAUUUUUGUGAUAUGCUUUAGCUCAGGAUUAAAAAUUAUCCCGAUGCUGAUGCUAGGUGAACUAUUUCCGCAAGACGUGAAAGCAGCUGCAGUGUGUUUCGUUGAUUACUACAACGUAGCUUUGGUUACUUGUUCUUCGAAGUUUUUCCAGGUUACCAGAGACACUUUCGGAAUGCACGUACCUUUUCUGUUUUUUGGAUUUUUUUGUGGUAUUGCUUUGGUACCCAUUACGAUUUAUGUACCUGAAACUAAGGGGAAAACUUUGCAGGAAAUUCAGGAUUAUUUUACAGGUAGAAAGACAGUUAAAGAAGAUUAUAACGGGAAAUCUUCAAUGUAAUAUUAUGUUUAAUAAAAUUUAUACAAAACAA